AUGAAGCAAGAUAAAGGUUUCACACGGAAUAGAUACGAACCGAAAAACCGUCCAAAGUUUACCUGCUAUUUCUGUGGAGUGGAUGGUCACGUAAAGAAGUUCUGUCCCAAACUUUUAAAGACGAACUCAGAUCAAGAUAGUAGAAGAAAGGCAAAUGUUCACAGAACUGUCGUGGACCCAGAACCGGUAACUAAGGAAACUGCAGUAGUGGCUAAAGUGAUGUCUCACAGACGACCUGCUCUUGAUAAAGGUCUUUGUAAUCUAGAAAAGAUACGUAUGAGUGUGAAUGGAAAGCCUGCAACAGCUUUAAUUGAUUCUGGUACUGAAAUAACCGUAGUCAGAAGAGAUAUAUUGACUGAUUUUCCUGUUGAAGAUAAGGCUUCAAUUUAUAUAAAAGGCAUUUUUGGUCCAGCAGAGAAAUGUUCUCUUGUCAAUAUUCCAAUGGGUGUCAUCGUUGGCAAAGACGGGAACAUGAUUCACCAAGAAGUGCUGUGUGCAGUUGCUCCUACUCUGGUGGAUGAUGUACUGUUGCCCCCAGAAAUAAGGGACAAGUUGCAGGGUGUUCAAGAAAAUUAUUUCGUUGAUAUUUCCGAAAAGGACACAGAACUGAAGACAAUUCAAGAUAGAGAAAUCGUCAAUGAAACAAGUGAUGACAACCCAGUCUUGGGAAGUGAAGAAAUAAGGGCAUUAUCUGUGGAAAAUUCAGAAAAGAAUGCUAAAGAACUAUCAAGGUCGGACGAAUUUCUUAAAGAUCAACUAGUUUUGCCUAAGAAGCGUAGACUUGAAGUUCUAAAUUUAGCUCACUGUUCGGUAUUUGGAGGUCACAUGGGCGCAAGAAAAACUGCUGAAAGAAUAAGGUAUUCUUUUUACUGGCAUGGAAUAUCCAAAGAUGUCAGAGCUUUUUGUCAACAAUGCAAAGAUUGUCAGUUGACAAGGCGAAUAAAUCAAAAGGACAGAGUACCAAUUACUCCCAUGGCAAGACCAGAAUUGCCGUUCCAAGUGGUAAACAUCGACAUCAUUGGACCUAUAGAUCCGCUGAGUGCAAAAGGUCACAGAUAUAUAUUAUGUCUAGUUGACCAACACACGAGAUGGGCUGAGGCAGUACCACUGACCAGUUUAACUGCCAAAGCUACAUGUGAAGCACUGUUAACCAUCUUCAUGCGGACAGGUGUGCCUAAUAUAAUAGCAUGCAAUGGGACUAAUUUCAAUGCUAGUUUGACACAAGAGUUUGAAAAAAGAAUGGGAUCCAGCCCAAGAGUUUCGACACCAUUGCAUCCAGAGUCGAAUGGGCUGGUAGAAAGAUUUAAUCAGACGUUAAAUCACAUGCUACAUCAUGUCAUUUUGGAAGAGCCACGUACAUGGCAUACAAAAAUACCAUUCAUUUUGUGGGCCUAUCGAGAAGUCCCCAACAGCACGACCGGCGUAGCACCUUUUCAGUUGUUAUAUGGACGAAAACCAGAAGGACCCUUAUCUAUUCUGAGGAACACUUGGGUGGCAGAUGAAGAGGGUUUGCAGUUGGAUACUACUCCAGUACCUCUUUACAUGGAAAAGCUUAAGAAGCAGCUAGAAGACGCAGCUGAGAAAGCAAAAUUGAUUUCAACAUGGAGAUGCCUGAUGGUAGUCUGA